AUGUCGGUGGAGACGGAGCGGAGCUCCACGGAGUCCUCCGCCGCCUCGGGCCUCGACUUCGAGGACACCGCCCUAACCCUCCGCCUCCCCGGCUCCGACCCCGACCGCAAGCGCGCCUCCACCUCCGACCCCGACUGCCCCUCCCCGACCGCCGCCGCCUCCGACUCUCCCCCUUCCCCCAAGGCGCAGGUGGUGGGCUGGCCACCGGUGCGGUCGUUCCGGAAGAACGCCCUCGCGGCCGCGGCCUCGUCCAAGACCAAGUUCGUCAAGGUGGCCGUCGACGGCGCGCCCUACCUGCGCAAGGUCGACCUCAAGGCUUACGCGGGCUACACAAGCUCUGCCUCCUACGACCAGCUCCUCGCCACGCUCCAGGACAAGUUCAUCUCCCACCUCACCGUCCGUGAGUGCACCGCCGCGACAUGCCAUGCCUGUGUCUGUGUGUUAGCUACGUGUUGCUCGCUCGUGGGUUCUGACGAUUUGACUGUGGAUGCAGGCAAGCUUGGGAACGAGGAGAUGAAGCUCGUGGACGCGGUGAGCGGGACGGAGUAUGUGCCGACGUACGAGGACAAGGACGGCGACUGGAUGCUCGUCGGAGACGUCCCCUGGAGGUGA